CUAUAAAGUUGUAUCCACCUCUUCUGACCGCGGUCAUCGAAGCGUCACCGACUUCAUUAAAGUGAAACUUUUAGUAAAGGACUUUAUCAUUGCCACAUCGCCCAUCUCAGCAACAAAGCACCAUGCCGCACAUCCAAGACCCAAAUACGAUGCCUGAAGAAGAUCCUCAAGUUGCCGUUGAGCGGAGAAACAAGAUUCGGAUUAAGAAUAGGAGAAAAUUAUACCUUGAUCGACAUCCCUCAUAUUUCACAUCACCAGAUCUUGAACUCACAGAUCCCUUACUAUACGACCGCUGUAUCCGACGCUUCCAAAGCGCGUCCGAACGUGAAGCGGACGGCAAAGCGAAAGGCUAUUCCGGGGUACUGGAAGCAGAUCUCUAUCGCUCAGAGGCUAAGCUUGCUGCUAUCAAAGCCCAAAAUCCUCCAAUCGCAGAAGCAUCCUCUUCCAAAUCACCAGGUCCGGCAGUGGCUGCAGUACCUUUUGUCAGCUAUGCACGUGGCGAGAAUGGCGAAGUCCUGCCAGAAGAGGAAGAUGAGGUUCCGAAGAAUAAAGAAGAGGGGCUUGAAAGGUGGAAGUUUGUGAUGACUCUCAAGUUUUUGAGUGGAGAGGAUCAGGAUUUCGAUUAUACGACUGUGGAUGAGAAUGAUGAGUGGGAUGCAGUGGAAAGAAGAGAGAGUGAGGAGAGAUGGUUUGACGAUGAGGAGCCUGAAUGGGUUGCCGAUGAGAGCGAAGGUCCUUUACACGGCGGAGAGACUGGUAUUCAAGAUUUUUGAGGCCGGCUUUUGUCUAGAUGACUCUCCUGUCCAGGAUGUUCAAGACGAACUUCGACACGACGGACAUCGUAUCAUCACAACCUACCUACUAUGCCACUUCGAAGUGCGUCGUUGGAAAGUUGCACAUACAUCAAGAUCAGGCGAUCUGGCAUUCCAAGAACCGACCGUGGGAUAACCUCUUGAUGUUGAUUUAUUCUAAUUUUCUGAACUCCACCG